UGUAACCUUGUGACUUUUUGCAUCCAUAUAAAAUCAUAUACCACUUAUUUUUAAUUUUUAGUGUACAAGGCGGAAUUUGCAAUGUCAGGGACGAGAGAAGCGAAGCCUGGCCGAUGUUGGGUGACUCAGAGUGGGACACAUGAGCCACAAACACUAGCGAAGCGGGGCAAAUGCAAAUCAGAACUUUCGGCCUUGGUCUAGUGAUUUUGAAAACAACAUCAUUAUCAACAGCAAGAGUUCAUUUCGAGUCCAUCUUACUUUUUUCAUUUUGCCCACAUCUACCGCUGAACGAUGACGUACUUAAAAUCGAGAAGAGCCUUCGAUUCGCUGAUUCUGCAUGUUACGCAGUGUCUGCGUUUGCUACAUCAACACCGCUUGUAGACGAGGUACCAUCGCGGACAAUGAGCAAUUCGACACUCUUGCCAUUAUUUAUGUACAGACGCACACCAUCUUCUGAUUUGCAUAACUAUUCAAUGGAUGUAAAGAAUAUGUGCGCGAGGUUUUGGCAAUCUGUUGCCAUGAUCGCAGCCACUGCUGUCCUUCAUGAGCCGGCCGCGGUGGGGUUGCAUCAUCCCGAUAUAGACACUGCAGAUGCAAUCACAAGCACAAGAUUAACAUGCAUAAGGCUCUGGUACUAAUCGCCAUGACCAGUCCUCUUGACAAGGCAGAUAGUCGUCUGCAACACUGCACUUUAUGAUUUCUGCCACACUGCGUGCGUGUGUGCGAUAGAC